CUCUGCCUUUGCUGCUGCUCGCAUCCCGUCCAUGCCCGGUUCUCCGCACCGAAAGAAAGGCGACUUGUCGUCGAGCUUGCCUUUGUAUUUCCCGAGUAUCGCACGGCGUUUGGAUGAGUCAGCCCGUCAUUGUUCGGUGGAUUUAGCCGCCGGUCCCAAGUGGCUGUCACGCAUGGAAAGCGAUUUUCUGCAACGUCUACGCGCCUUGCUGUGCAGCCGUAAGCGAUCGUUCGCGACCCGGAGCGUGAACAACAGAUCACAUUGCGUGUCACACAAUACCAGCGUGCCCUGAUCCCAAGUCGCCUUUGUUUUGCGUGUUGUCCGCAUCGUCGUCGGCCUGCACACGGUGUCGGGUUUCUUACUUGCCGAUCCCGUGGCUCUGCGUAAACAUCUGUACUCGUCCCGUAACAUAUACGAGUCCUUGCGUGCCGAAUCCAGCAGGAGAUCACACGCCGCGUCCCUAUUCCUGCAAAGUUAACUACCGCUCGGAACAAACCGAGGAGCAAGUUGCCCGAUUUAGACGCAUCUGCCCGAAUGCCUCUGUGGUUCGAAUUUCUGAGCAUAGCAGCGCAUAACUUCUGGUUCGAGUCCCAGGACUUCGCGCAUUAUAUGUGGCUCGAAUCCCGGGACCUGACGCAUCGCCUGUGGUUCGAUUUCCUGAACUUAGCGCAUCAUCUGUGGUUCGAGUCUUCCAGCUGCGCGCAUCACGUCUGGUUCGACUCCCAGGACCUCGCGCAGCGCCUUUGGUUUGAGUUCCUGCACUUCGCGCACCAUCUGUGGUUUCAGUCGCUAGACUUGACCCGUCGUCUGUGGGCCGAUUCCCAGGACUUCUCGCGUCGUUUGUGGCUUGAGCUCUUGAACUUAGCGCGUCACCUGUGGCUUGAGCUACGGCGCUUAGCGCGGUUCAUCGACGUGCGCACCACUAGUGUCAUCCUUCUGCUGGGAGUCGGCUCCUUUGUCUGCUACAAGCUCUACUGUCAGCUGAGGCAGCGCUUCCGCAGGCGCAGGAAGUCCAAGAGGGAGACAGCGUCGCUGCGGAAAGCCCAUGUGCGGAGCUGGAUAUCGGGAGUCGAACAUGGCAGCGUACAGGAGUGCUACCUAGAAAGUGACAAUGAAUCAGAGAUCAGCGAGGCAUCGCUACCCGACACCAGCCAGGCAUCUUUCGGCGACAUUCCCCAGCCUGUGACCGAGCAUGCCCAAGCUGAAAAAAAAUGUGACGGAAGCUCAAGCUGCGGUGGUGGCUUCUUGAGCGACGACGACAUCUGGGACAUGGGAGUCACGUCGAGCAACCCGUACGAGCCGGUGCGCUUUGACAGCCAGUCGGGUGAUGUGCGUUUUCAGGGAUGUGCACAGCCCAAGGCUUCAACGCCGCUCAACAUUGCAAAGAACAACCAGAAAGGCGGCAGCAUGCGUCAUCGCAACAAGAAAGCAAAGUCAGAUGAAAGUCGUCCUGUGCAGCAGACCAACCACAACCCAAAGGGGAACCCGAGUGCCAAGGCAGACAGCGGGUCUGGAGAUUUCUCGGCGUCUGUCAAGAACAACAACAACAACAAUGAUGACCGAGCACCGCUGUCUGAUGACUCCAUUUCACAAGAGCCUGAAGGUCUACUAGACUCACUUUCCUAUGAAGGCGGAGGUGAAGCAGCGACACCGUGGGCAAAUGACACCGUCUCCCUUCUCGCCAACUUCAGCAUUGGCUCCCUAAGCGAACGCAACCGGCGCACGGAAGAGCUCAUCUCAUCUCGUGUCGACAGUCAGGGCGAAGAGACCGACGACUUCUCUCUGGGUGGCAUGGUCUCCGACUCCGCACUGAUGCGGCUUCGCAAUUCACACUCUCACCAGCUUUCUGUGGACAGUGAGGCGUCUGACUUGAGUAUCUUCGAGAAGGCACAGGCACCGCUGGAAGUUCCCUGCGAGACAUUUGAAACUAUCGACAAGAUAGAGACCAUCCUCCACGACACAAAGCAAGAACUGCUUGACCUCGACGCCGAUUUGGUCAGCCUUCGUGUGUUCCAGAAGCUUCCAACGAACUACGACGUUGUGCUGGGCGAUGCUAGCAAGAAAAGCACUGAUGAAUCCAUCCGUCGUGCCAGUGUCCGUGAUGUGGACAUUCGUCCAGACAGCGGCAGUGACUUCGGGAACUCUCUCGAGUCGGACAGCGAAAGGCUGGCGAAAGAAUCGUCGGGGCCCAGCUUGGAGUGGGACUCCCUGCCAAUGUCGAAGCGCCCCGCUGAGCUGCACGAGUCCGAUUCCACGGACUUUGGUGGGUUCAGCGAGUGGUCUGAGAGCGACGAUGGCGCGCCUCGUCCCAGCGUGCUUGGCGUAGUGCGUCGCCACAGCAGCGGCAACAUUCACAGCAAGGGGACACUCCGCGAGGAGAUUCAGCGCAUUCUCUACGCAGAGUCGGAAUCUUGGAAGCAUCAUCUGGUGCGAAGCCAGACACUGCCAGUGGACCAAAGUUUGCCCGAGUCUGAACGAAACUGCACCGCUCCGAUGUCACCGAUGCGGGAGCCUCCUUCGCUGAACAAGAUCACGACAGUUCCAGAGGAGACCACUCUGAGUCCUAGCAGUGUGUCAGACUUUGCUUCGCUCGCGGCGAGCAGUGAUAGAGACGCUUCUAUGGACACCAACGGAAAUGAUCUGAUGGAUGUGGAAAAGGACGACGAGGUGUUCAGAUUGGGAUCUGCCGAAUCGCUAAUUAGCAUUGAAGACAAGGUCACACUGGCCGACUACAUUUUUGGGCUGCGCCGGAAGAGGAAGCACCAGCCUGGUGACGGAAUGGAAAAAACCCUCGCAGCUGUGCUAUCAGGGCUGGAAGUGAGGUCACUGCGGAGGAUCAAGAACGAUGGUUAUGCUGCCAUCCGAGCUGCUGGCUUCCAAAUUUUGGCGUCUGGAGGUUCCAUCCUUGCUGGACACAGAGGUGCCAAUGGUGUCUACCAGCGGUUCCACGACACAUCUGCGGGGGCCAAGACGUGGCUCGAGGGCUGGGCCUUCCACCACAAUCUCCAGUAUACCCAGGCUCUUCAGGGCUUCUGGGAGUGCCUCUCCUCAUUGCAGGACUUGGAGGAUCAGCUGCGGUUGACGGCCAGUCCAGAGGCACUGCUGGCCAGCAAGCUGAAUGAGGAACCCGCACUUGAUGCGAAGCUCAUGGAGGCAGUAAAAAUCGUCAUGCUCAAGUCUGCUCUGGAACUGUUCGCAGCGCAGAAGGAUAACGAUGCCCCUUGCCCCUUGUUCGCGACAGUCCUGUUUUCACAAGUCACGUCAACAUCGCCAGAGGAGUAUUUGGUCAACCACAUCAGUCGGCUUGGCAAAAGCCGGGCAGUACCAGAGGCUGACCUCUACCUCUUGGGCUACGCCCUGGGAACUACCCUGACUGUUGUGCGGCCAAGUCGAGCAGGCAGUGAAGACUACGUGAGCCGCUACCCCGAGUGGCAAGUCGGCAGUUGGCCCGAGGCCGUGCUCGUCGAAUACGAAGGCCGCUAUUGGGCAUGUGCAACGUGACUGCUACCUUCUGAAUGAACGCACUGGUGGCUGCUGUGUCACAUGGACUUUUGCCAGCCGUCACAAACUGUCACGUGCAGAGGCUGGACUCCUUGUGUGUUCUGACCGCUGACAAUUGCUCGAGCCAAGGGUGGCACAAAUGUCUGGUUCGGUGCUUCUCUGCAUCAUUGUAGCACUGUGGCCUGUGUUGUCUGCGAGACCUUUCAGUGAGCAGACGACGCACGAAGUCACUUACACCAGAACAGCACAAGGCAUGUGUGGGGAGAACGGAGGCAACAGAACAGAGGCAUUGCCAACAUAAACUGCCAGCCCCGUUGAGUUAGUUAGCACCUUGUUUUCUUUUUUGGUGCUCGAUAUGUGUGUUUCCUGUUGUUUUUAAUAUUAAUUUUAAUGUUUUUAAUUAAUUUUAAAGGGGCCCUGAACCACCCCUCGGGCUUGCUGAAAUAACAUAGUCCGCGGGUAGCAUACACUGUUGUGAACAUCUCGGUCAAGUUAUGCUGUCGUACGCGGUCCGUGGAGCUCGCAAGCGGAGCGCGAAGUCACCUUUUUCUCAACCGCUCUCGUUUAAAAAAAACCCCAUGUUCCUAGCUCUUUUCCGUGUGCUUUAUUUCGUAAUAAAGCACACUCCAAUACGCGGAUGCUAUUGGUAGCUGCGUUCGUCUACACCGCGGCCGCCACGAGUCCACUGGCUCAGCGCACUGCGGCUCACUGAGGACAACCGCGUUUGGCUUACGUUUAGCGCUUCGUAGGCACCAAAAUCGGAAGUCCGAAAUAAAAUUUGAACUACGUGCCACGGUGACGUCUCGGACGUCAUGAUGACGUCUCCGCCGUAGCCUUCGCAGUGCAAGGCAUUGGAGGAGGAAGGGGAGCAGAACGGAGGCCGUGUCUGAUUGCCGAUAACUCCGCUUCUGCUGAACGCAUUGAAGUACUUUUUGCAGCAAAGUGAUUCUGAAAUAGCCUAUUUUCACUUCAAAUGUGUUUCGUCACUUCGAUGAAAAGUGGUUCAGGGCCCCUUUAAUGCGAAUGGGUCCACGGGUUUGAAACUGCACCUCAUCUCGGCUGCGCUGCGGAACUUGAGCCCACUGGCAGACUGUGCUGAUCUAGUGUGCAGAGAGGCAGUUCUGCGUAUAGGCAAGCGUAAUGGUGGCUACCGUAAUUUGUGGGUAAUGACGUGCGCUGGAUUUGAAAGGGCCCGUCAUUGCCUGUUCCUCAGUGAGAUUUGAGUCUAAAGAGUGCAACACUUGAGCCAAGUAUAGGCUUCCAGCGUAUGUAUGCUUAGGCCUAAUUUUCUGAUUGAGCUUCAGGUUCUACACUUAAACUUAAGUCAGUAGAUUAGGCCUAAGUUUUUAGGUUUAAGUUCUUGAAAACUUAUCUAGGUGUACCUUUGGUUUCGGUGACACGGCUAGGUGAUGCCAAAGAGCAUGAUUGCACGAGACUCUAUAUGACCCUGCGCUUAUAGCUUGUUCUCGUCGCUAGCAUGUUGUAAAGUACUGAAAACGUUUCAUCCAGUCUGAAAUACCAGGAAAUGUGUGAGACGUCUUUUCUGUGUGCAUGUACCUCUAUGCUUUGCACAAAGCGUUUGAAAGGUGCACUUAAAGUUAGCACACUUUGAUCUUCUAAGGCUAAAGAAAAAUGUAUAGGGUUCUAUAAAGCACUACUAAGUCUGAAGCAUGUGUAGCAACCUGUUGUGCACAGCUGUUGUAUUUGCCCAGCACUUAACCACAAUUAAACAAAACACUUGGCGAAAAUUCGUGGCAGGCCAAGCUAGUGCGCAUUAGCCUGACGUAGGCAGCGGCAGGCGCUAGUGUGAGCAAUAACUCCCACCGAGAGAAUGGCGACUGGCAUUUGUCUUGAGGUGUUCCAUAAUGUGGUUGCUUUGUUCACGCUGCUGCCUUUACAUCUCUAUAUGGAACUGCAUUAUUUGAUGAGCUCCCUGUUUACUUGCCGGUGUUGCUAAACAUGGCAAAACCAUAGCUCACCUUCGCGCACGAUUCCGCAAGCAUAACCUCUGUAGUACAAAAGCCGUUUUGUUGAAGUUGUUUGUAGGAGCAUUCACGCAAUAUUGUUGCUGUACCAAAGGGCUGCCAUCUACUCAUUGCUCGACCAGGAAAAGCACAAGCCCGUAUAUCAGAUGUGUGCAUGGAGAACUCAACCAAAUGGCUGGCUAGUAGUGCUUUGAAGAAUGAAAUAAUUUUUAUUUUUUUAACAUACUUCGUAAUGUUAACUUAGUUGAGGUAUAGUUCCUGCCUGGAAGCUUGUAAGACUUGCCCUUUGAGCUUGCAAAUUAUUAGGGGUGUGCGAAUAUUCAAAACUUUCGAAUAACGAAUCAAAUAGUGCCUUAUUGGAUUCGGCCUUCGACUCGAACAGUCAAAAUUCGUAAAUGCGAAAUUUUUUUUAUUACUUUACGAAUAUUUCAAAACGUCAAAUGCGCCCAAAUGAACAUAAUUCGAGCAAAAGUAAGGUAAAGUUUCACCCCCGCAGGCAUAGUAUAGACCUCAAACCUGAGAACUUGCUUAGUGGGAGUAGGCGACAAUCAUUUAGGUAGCCAUAAUUUACAGGCUGUACAGAGAUCAUUGGCACUCUCUGAAGAGCUCUGUGCAUGCAAAAAAAUGCUUGCUCCUAAUGCUCAAUUUAUGCUUUUAUUAAACAACUGCUUCAUAAUGUACUAUGCGAGAUACCAGGAUGUGAACGUCGUUUCGUAUGAAUUGUGUCAGGUGCCUAGAAAAACAGCCAGUGCACAAGGUGACACGAACACACAAAAAGUUGAAAGGACAAGCACUGUCGACGUCCUUUCUAUGUGUUCGUGUUGUCUUCCGUGUUGGCUUCUUUUCUAGUUGCAACAUAUUGAUUUGCCCAGCCAGCAUAUUUAAUGAGGUGCAGAUGCUUGCUGCUAAUAAGGUUUUGAGCUUCACACACUACAGAAAUAACUGCAAACGGUGAGCGUAUGAAUAGUUCAGUUGGCAAAAAAUACUAGGCUUAAUGACUAAACUUUUAAUGAGCGUUGGUGCGUUCAACUUGUGUGGCAAUGUCUAAUGGUACACUAACAAUAUUGCAAACACAGCAGAGUGACACGCUCUACUGCUUGCUGCUGUUCCUUGCAAAAUCUAACCCGCGCGGCAGCUCGCAGCACCAUUGAGCUGCAUCUGUGAGGUGUUGCAAGUGCUAGCGCAGCAAGAAGAGAUACGAGGCCUUCCAUCAAUGAAUGUCAUCCUUUGUGAAAGUUCCUCCCUGUAGCUUUGACUGAGAAGCUCACUAAACCCAUCAAAGCUGCACAACAUGCAAUAAUCUCAUUUCUUUGGGCAUGCAGCUCUGUCUCCGCUUUACCAACUCUCUCAUGAAUCCACAGAGCUCCACAUAAUGCUAGGUGUCGUGUUCUUAAAACGCUCAUCCUCUUAAUGCCCCUCAACUUCUGGGAGAUGAGAGCAGCACCACUCCUUGCGUGAAGUGGUUACUGUACCUCGCUAACUCUCCUCUACGAUACCUUGCCUACAAUUUCGUUAUUGAGAACUUUCAGCAUUUGUUCAAAGAAUGGGGGAGUGAGUGUUUUGUGAGCAACCUGUCGUUUCUGAGGGGCGUUUCUGAAUUCGGACCAACUGCUUCAGUCUAAAGUACAGCACUGCCCACACUUACAGAACUUGGGGAAGUUUUUCAAGAGGUGCCAGUUUAAAAGAACAAUAGGGCAACUGUUCUUCCAAACGCAAUACUAUCACUCUCCUUACGGUGGCAAGGAAACGUAGCAUUUGCCAAAGCCUGGCUCCGCCUCCGCUUGCCGUUUCAAAAUGUGGUUGUGUUCUAGAAGCCCAAUAUAAUCCUGGUUGUUCAACGCACUUCGAAGCGGGUGAAGUGCACCGUAUUGCUAGAGGAAACCUGCAUGGAAGCAUUUCGCAACUUGCCAUGCACGGCUGCUCUUUAAGUGCAAUAUGCACAGGGCGUUGGCUUGGCUUUACAUGACUACAGUGGCCAGUGCUGCUGCAUGCUACAAAGAAUCACAAUCUUUAACAGGGAUGUAAAAUUUCGUUGUCAUUAGUGGUUUACAUGAACUGGAAAACCAGUUUCGCUUUAAACUAGCCUGUAAUGGCGCCGAACGAGAAUUCUAGCCCUGCACCUCUCUAGAAUUCGAACAGUUAACACCAAGACAAGUAUUGAUCAGGCUACGAUACAAUUGCAUGGAUUGUGGUCUCUGUUUCAGAGACUGGCAUAUGCUUCCGAAUCUCUAAUGUCGCAUUCGAAUUCUGUAAAUAAGUGGAAGCUAGUGGCCAGCUUCAGUGUUGCAUGUCGUGCUGCACUGGAAUGUUGCUUUGUGUGCACUCAUCUUGCAGCAUCUCAACUUGUAAGGAAGCUGCACAAGUACCUAAUUAAAAAAAAAAGAAAAAAAGGCACGCUAAACAUUCCUGCUGUUAUGCACACUUAAUGUACACACACACAUUCCUCCCUGCGAAUGAGUGUGUUCCUGUUGGUCGGUGGCCUCAACAUCUUAUUCCAGUGUGAUCAAAUCUCUGCUCACAUGUACGUGUUAUGCAUGAUGUUUUUCCUCGUUCACUUGUGAUGUUGCACUGUCAUUUAUCGUCUGAGCUGAGCACAAGUUAUUUUUAUGCUUUGUUCUCCAGUACCUUAAGAAGAGUGACCAUGCCAAAGGUUUUUGGUGUUUGAAAGAUUGCAGACUGUCGUGUUGGGGUUCUCUUUCCCUGUUAUGCUAAAUAUAGGUGCAUGCUGUGUUGAUGAGGAAGCCCAUUUGUAAGUGGCCUAUCCCAGCUAAAUUGCCGGCUAAUUUGUGCACCAAUUUCAUACAGGAGGAGUAUUUUGAGGGUUAAUUUUAUUGAUAUCAUGCUUGGCUCGGUACCUGGCUGCUUAACUUCAGCGAACAAGUUUUUUGCAGCAUUGUAAAUCAAAAGGCAAUUUUCUCGCUGAAAAAGAUGAGUGCCAUGUGUGCCUAGUAGGUUGAAAAUGCCAGCUGUGAAGACAACGCAGUGAGGGAUGGUUUUAUUCCCUGGGCAACAGAUGCAUGCACUGUUUAUUCUGCUAGGAAAAGCCUACAUUUUUCUUCUUAAGCUGCCUUAGACAUGUACUUCAAACUUAGACACAAGGAAAAAUUUACCUCCAAAUCAAAGCACUAGUGGGUUGGCAGUUUAGCCUAAAGGGCCAGUUAUACCAGACUCCCCUAUCAACGCAACAUUCCACACACUGGGCUAGAUUGUAAGUGUGACAGGCAGAGAACAACACUUCUGGCACUGUGCUGUGCCGACUUCCCGUAGACGGUCGUCUAGUACUUCGCGCAAGCAGCAAGCCACAGUCUUGUUGAGAGUUGCUGUGGGUAGAAUGCUUGACCAUGUACAGUUUUAGUGUGUACAGGCAGAGUGAGAAAGCAUUAUUUUUGAGCCAUGUCACCCGACAUGUAUAUGCGGCUAUUAACAAUGUAAAGAGAUGUAAAGAUAUUAAUAGGAGUUGAAAUUCCUUGCACUAGGUAAACACUGCAGUUGUCAUGUCUUGGGUACUUGCUGGUAAAGCAGGUCACAAGCAUGCAACAGUUGGCAGGGGUAAAAACAAAAUGUAAUAUAAAGGAGAGAAAUGGCACUACCAUGUGCUCCUUUGGUUGAUGCCGGGCUGCUAACGAGAUGUUCAAUGGAUGUGCACACAUGUUCAAAUGAAUUGUGUUGAAGGGCAUUCAAGAAUGUAGUAUACGAGUGGAAUGUGUCGAUGUCACACCCUUGAAAGUCAUUCGUCUGUGACCGCAGUCCUGCGCACAUCCAUGGGCCAGCAACCAAGUUAUCCCACAUGCGCUAUUGUGUGAAAAGUGCCUUUAGAUGUGAAAUACAAAGCAAAAUGUAAAUAUAAAAUGUUCAUGAAACCCA